GAACCUGCACUAAUAUUCCUUCCCAACUCCAUAUAAAUAGUCCCAUCCCCAACUCCUUGUUCGAUCACAAGCUACCAAUAACUACUUCUAGCUAUACAAGUACUUAACUAGUUAUCUCAAAAUACAUCGAUCCUCUCUAGCUAGCUGAUUAGAGACACUCCCAAUGGCUUGUUCUAGCAAAAUGAUCACUACUUUUGCCCUACUUUGUCUCUCCUUAUCACUCGUCUCUAAAGCUAUAGACGUCGAUAGUGGGGAUAAUACACGAGGAUUUGUUAGAGUAAAGGGCUCCCAGUUUAAACUCAACGGCUCUCCUUUUUUCUUUAAUGGUUUUAACUCUUACUGGUUGAUGACUGUUGCCGCAGACCCUAGUAUGAGGUACAAAGUAACCGAAGUCUUCCGAGACGCCUCCACGGCGGGCAUGUCUGUUUGCCGGACGUGGGCCUUUGCCGAUGGAGGUAGUAAUGCACUCCAGAUAUCACCCGGCACUUAUGAUGAACGUGUUUUUCAGGGUUUGGAUUUCGUGAUUUCUGAGGCUCGAAGAUUCAACAUUUACUUGAUAUUAAGUUUCGCAAACAACUACAAGGACUAUGGAGGGAGACCACAAUAUGUUCAGUGGGCUCGAAAUGCUGGAGUGCUUUUAAACAACGAUGACGAUUUCUAUACACAUCACAUUGUUAAAGGUUACUACAGGAACCACGUCCAGAGAGUGAUGACGAGAAUCAACACCAUAACGAAAAGGGCCUACAAGGAUGAUUCCACAAUCAUGUCAUGGGAGCUUAUCAAUGAACCUCGUUGCGACGUCGAUUACUCUGGCCGAACAGUCAACGGCUGGGUUCAAGAAAUGGCGAGUCUCGUGAAAUCGAUCGACAAGAAGCACUUGUUGACGAUCGGGAUGGAAGGCUUCUACGGGGACACGAUGCCUGAGAAGAAACAGUUCAAUCCGGGCUAUCAAGUCGGGACUGAUUACAUCAGCAACCAUCUCAUCAAAGAAAUCGACUUCGCCACCAUACACGCCUACCCUGAUAUAUGGUUGGCCAACCAAAAUGAAGCUGCACAAAUGGCCUUCAUGGGAAGAUGGAUGCAGAGCCACCAUACCGACGCCAAGACCAUUCUGAAGAAGCCGCUCGUCAUAGCUGAAUUCGGGAAAUCAAGUAAGGACCCGGGUUUCAGUUUAGGGUCGAGAGAUGUUUACAUGGGCGCGGUGUAUACGUACAUUUACAGAAGUGCUAGACAUGGUGGUGCCCUGGGCGGCGGCCUGGUGUGGCAAAUACUGGCUCGAGGAAUGCAGCAAUAUGGCGAUGGUUAUGAGAUCGUCUUGGCUGAAAAUCCGACUACAGGCAGUGUGAUUUCGAGACAAUCUCAUGCCAUGAGCACUUUAUCUCAUUUGGUCAGCACAGCUUAUGAAAACUAAUCAUCCUUAUUAAAGAGUAAAAAACUACAUAUAUACUAGCAAUUAGUAAAAAUAUUGUUAAUUCAAUAAAUUCAUAAUUUCAAUA